CGGAGCACCCGAGUGGGAGAUGUACAUCACAUAUAUAAUGCGAUAACAACGACCCCUCAGCAAGCAGUUUGUUCUCAGCUUCGCCAUGAAGGUGUUUGUCUGUCUGUUAGCAUUGGCAGUAGUCGCGAAGGCCGGCUACAUUAGUAGCGGUGGCUGGUCAGGCGGCGGCGGUGGCGGCGGCGGCGGCUGGUCUGGUGGCGGCGGUGGCUACGGCGGCGGCUACGGUGGUGGCGGCGGCGGCGGUGGCUGGAAACUCGGGGGCGGUGGCGGCGGCUGGUCCAGUGGAGGAGGCGGCGGUGGCUGGUCCAGCGGAGGCGGUGGUGGCGGCUGGUCCGGCGGUGGCAGCGGCGGCCAAGUUAAGAUCAUCAAGAUCAUAAGCUCCGGAGGCGGCGGUCACGGUGGUGGUGGCGGCUUCGGCGGUGGCUACGGAGGCGGAUACGGCGGUGGUAGCAGCGGUUGGUCCAGCGGCGGCGGCGGCGGUGGCUGGAAGUCUGGCGGUGGUGGCUGGUCCAGCGGCGGUGGUGGUGGCGGCUGGAAGCUUGGCGGCGGCAGCAGCGGGUGGUCCAGCGGCGGCGGCGGUGGUGGCUGGAAACUCGGCGGCGGCAGCAGUGGCUGGUCUAGCGGUGGUGGAGGCGGUGGCUGGAAGUCCGGCGGCGGCGGCGGCGGCGGCUGGUGGUGAUUCCGUCCCGAACUAUUUAUAGCGAAAUUUCCGACAAUACAGUGAUACCUCCAAACACAUCGUUUUGAUUUUUCUUAAAUCCCUUCAGCAAUCUUCAAGAAAAUGACACAAAUCUCGCU